AUGCCGCAGUUCCAAUGCCAGGUCCCUGGCUGUACUUCCAGCUACCGUCGGAAAGAGCAUCUCCGACGCCACGAAAUGCAACAUCGUGGAAGUCACCUGCGUACCUGUCCAACUUGUGGCCGCGUUUUUUCUCGCAGUGACAGUCUUCGACGCCAUAUUCGUGGCAACCAUGAUGACCCCGGACGGUCUCUCACUCGCGCCACUCAAGCCUGCACGAGAUGUCGUAUGAUGAAAACACGAUGUCAGGGAGGCUCACCGUGUACAGAGUGUUCCUCAAGGGGACAUUUGUGCAUGUUUGACGAUCCGGCCUUCCCCGACAUCGAGCCUCCUCAACCAGAUCCCGAGGAAGUUGAGAAGUAUAGCGGAGAUAACCCAAUCAAUACUUCGAACGAAAAGUCUGGACGAGUUGAACAUUAUGUACAUCUUUACUUUGCACACUUUCAUCCGCACUGGCCAUUCCUACAUCGAUCUACCUUUAGUGUUCCCGAUGAGCCCCCUUUGUUGCUUCAGGCAGUCUUAAUGAUCGGUCUCUGGGUCAGUGGGAAUCCCGAGGCGCAACAAGGCGCCCGGGACCUACACAGUAAGUUGGGACAGGCAAUUUCGGCACAGCGGGGCAAUUGGGAACGAUUGGUAGAAGAAGAGCAAGAUAAGGAACCUUCAGUCGGCCUGACCUCACGAUGGCCGAUAGCAACAUACCAAGGCAUUCUUCUCUACAUAAUCUUCUCGUUGUUGGCUUCGAGACCGGUCGGUCUUGGACUUAAUCUUGGCUUGAUCUUGAAUGACUCUGAUCGUCAAAUCCUUUCCGCUCUGAACACAACCUGUCUGCGAAACAACAUCUUCUAUUACCCUAAUAUGCUGACAAGGUACCGGAACGUGGAGUCAUUUAGUACCUGCAUGUGGGUCGGGGUUGAAGAGAUCAAACGGUUAGGCUUGGCUUUGUACAAAGUCUCUCGACUUUGCGGGUCGGGAGAGUAUGAUGAGGCCCAUAGCCGAGGCUUGUGUCUCUCCGAUCUACAGUUUCCCAUGCCAGACAAAAAGAGCCUCUGGGAAGCUGGCUCAAAUGCGGAGCUGUCUCGACUUCUUUUGAUAUAUUCCAGAAGAGGAGACAAAUCGGACGAUCCCAGAGGCACGGAUUGGUUUUCACACAGUGGGAUGAUAUUAGAAAUUGAUGGAUUGGUGGAAUUGACAUAA